ACUAUCCGGUAUUUUUCUUUUUGGGUUGAAUAAGUAAACUUUAAAAUUAUAUUGAAGAUGUAGAAAAAUUACACCUCCUCGUUCCGACUCAAACUGGCAGCAAGGACGACCCUCACCCCGCCCCACCGGACCUCUGGAGCAGGCAGCGCCGUGGCCAGCCCGCGCCCGCGAAGGCCCCCGCACGGCCAAGAUGGCGGCGCCCUGGGGGCAGGUGCGCGGCCUCUUAGGGCUGACGACGACCGUCUACCGUUGCUCCCGUGGCUACCGAGCGCCCCCUCCCCCGCGUCGCUCGCCGGGGCCUUGGUGGCCAGAUCCAGAUGACCCCCUGAUCCCGCGUUGGCAAAUGGGACCGCGCUACGCAGCCAAGCAGUUUGCGAGGCACGGCGCCGCCUCUGCGGUGGACGCGGGGUCCCUGUGGCCGUCGCGGGAACAGCUGCGCGAUCUGGAGGCAGAGGAGUGUGAAUGGUGCCCAAGCCUGGCGACCAUGCAAGAAUCAGUGCGGCUACAGCAGCUGGCAAAGGAGCAGAAGCGUCAGGCCAGGGAGCAGCUCAUUGCAGAGCGAAUGGCCAAGAUGCCACAGAUGAUUGAGAACUGGCAGCGACAACAGCAGGAGCGCAGGAAGAAGGCACAAGCAGACAAGGAGCGGCGGGCCCAGCUGCAAGCCGAAGCCCAGGAACGCUUGGGCUACCAUGUGGACCCACGGAGUACCCGCUUCCAGGAGCUGCUGCAGGACCUGGAGAAGCAGCAGCGAAAGCACCUCAAGGAGGAGAAACAAAGACAGAAGAAGGAGGCACGUGCUGCUGCAAUGGCUGCCAGUAUAGCCUCAGACCCAGCAGCCUCCGCAGCAUCCAACUCCUAAGCUUGUGUCCUUUCCCAAUAAAAUCUGCUAUCCCCAGCCUCA